AUGCUCGCGGCGCACGGCGAGCAGCCCGAGCUCGUCUUCCAGUCGCACAUCCAGCCGCCCGCCACGCCGGGCACCUGGGAGGUGUGGAGGCCGCGCGAGGUCGCCCCCCGCGUGUUCCGCCUCCAGUCCUCCCACGGCACGCUCCUCGGCGUCGAGCGCAUUGGCCGCGUCCUCGUCCAGCGCCCCGCCGCCAACGCGCUCGCCGCGCUCGAGUUCACGCUCUUCGAGUUCGACGACGGCACCGUCGGCCUCUGCGCGGACCUAGGCAACAUCCACUUCCCCGCGCGGCGCUUGCUCGACGGCAUCCUCGACCGCGACGGUGGCUGGCCCCUGCCCUGCCUGAAGCAGGGCGCCUUUGGCUCGUGGGAGUCCUUCCGUGCGAUUCCCGCGACGAUGUGA